UUAGGUGGACGGGACGAAGGCUGAUGACGGGGGGUCCGGGCAGGUCUGGGUGGUGUAGGGUGGGGAGUGGUCUCUAGACACACAACAACAUCAUCUGGACACACAACAACAUCUUCUGGACACAUGACAACAUCUUCGGGACACAUGACAGGAGUGACCUCAGGACACUCAGCAACAUCUCUGGACCCUGCAUCGGCGUGGACAGAAACUGGCUCUGGAACCGCGCUCAUUGCUGCUGGCUCGGAAUCAGCGCUCACUGCUGCAGGCUCGGAAUCAGCGCUCUCUGCUACAGGCUCAGGGUCUGCGCUCACUGCUGCUAGCUCAGAAUCAGCGCUCACUCCUACAGGCUCGGGGUCUGCGCUCACUGCUGCAGGCUCGGAUUCAGCGCUCACUGCUGCAGGCUCGGAAUCAGCGCUCACUGCUGCAGGCUCGGGGUCUGCGCUCACUGCUGCUGGCUCGGAAUCAGCGCUCACUGCUGCAGGCUCGGGGUCUGCGCUCACUGCUGCAGGCUCGGAAUCAGCGCUCACUGCUGCAGGCUCGGGGUCUGCGCUCACUGCUGCAGGCUCGGAUUCAGCGCUCACUGCUGCAGGCUCGGAAUCAGCGCUCACUGCUGCUGGCUCGGAAUCAGCGCUCUCUGCUGCAGGCUCGGGGUCUGCCCUCACUGCUGCAGGCUCGGAAUCAGCGCUCACUGCUGCAGGCUCGGGGUCUGCGCUCACUGCUGCAGGCUCGGGGUCUGCGCUCACUGCUGCAGGCUCGGAAUCAGCGCUCACUGCUGCUGGCUCGGAAUCAGCGCUCUCUGCUACAGGCUCGGGGUCUGCGCUCACUGCUGCAGGCUCGGAAUCAGCGCUCACUGCUGCUGGCUCGGAAUCAGCGCUCACUGCUGCUGGCUCGGGGUCUGCGCUCACUGCUGCUGGCUCAGAAUCAGCGCUCACUGCAGCAGGCUCGGAACCAGCGCUCUCUGCUGCAGGCUCGGAAUCAGCGCUCUCUGCUGCAGGCUCGGGGUCUGCGCUGACUGCUGCAGGCUCGGAAUCAGUGCUCACUGCUGCAUGCUCGGAAUCAGUGCUCUCUGCUGCAGGCUCGGAAUCAGUGCUCACUGCUGCAUGCUCGGAAUCAGUGCUCUCUGCUGCAGGCUCGGAAUCAGCGCUCUCUGCUGCAGGCUCGGAAUCAGCGCUCUCUGCUGCAGGCUCGGAAUCAGCGCUCUCUGCUGCAGGCUCGGGGUUUGCGCUCACUGCUGCAGGCUCGGAAUCAGCGCUCACUGCUGCAGGCUCGGAAUCAGCGCUCUCUGCUGCAGGCUCGGAAUCAGCGAUUACUGCUGCAGGCUCGGAAUCAGUGCUCACUGCUACAGGCUCGGAAUCAGCGCUCACUGCUGCUGGCUCGGAAUCAGCGAUUACUGCUGCAGGCUCGGAAUCAGUGCUCCCUGCGGCUGACUUGGGAUCAGACAGAGACGGAGGACCGGAAGAACCCCUUUUCCUCCUCUUUCUCCUUGGUCGCGGUGCAGAGGCUGCAGCUGGGUCGGUGACUGGUUGGGGAAGUUCAGUCUCCGGCAGGGCUGAUUCAGAUGCCGAGGAUUCCGAGGCAGAUUCCCAUGAAAACCGUCUCCCUCGCUUCAUGUGGAGACUGAUGGGUGUGGGAGGUGCCUCAGGAUUCGGGGAGGGAUGUGCCUGAUCCCCCUGUGUAGCAACGGCCAGCAGACGACCCUCAGGGAUCACAGGCAGUUUGGUAGAAGGUGGGGAUCUCGAGGGGGAAACCCGCGGCUCUUCCCGGGAGAAACUCUCCCAUAGCCGGGCAUAAUU